AUGGCGGUUUUGGGCCGAGCCACGGCGCGGCAUUGCCUGCUCGUGGGCAUUGCCCUGGUAGCAUGCCUCGGCUGGCUGCAAGCCCAAGCACAGCUAGACGCCUUGGGUCCGUAUGUGGCGCCCAUUCUUUACGGGGGUAUGGGCAACGUUCUCUUCCAACUGGCUGCACUCUUAGCGCUGGCUAAGACGGAGCAGGCCCCAUGUGUUGUUGGCUUCUACAAGCAUUGGAAUCGGGCAUACCACACAUUUGCCCCUUGGGGCGGUCAUACGCCGCCGGCCCCUGGAGCUACGCUCAAGGAUGUGUUUCCCCAGCUCUUGUGGGUCACCUUUGAGCCUGUCGUCCCCAACCGACGCGUUUUCAAUCGGAACGCGUUUCGCACUGAACUCCCAGAUGAAUUCCAUCCUCUGCCGGGCAAGGCCUUAUACCCGUCCUAUAUUCAUGGUUAUUUUUUUAACCACCGGUUCUGGCAUCACGAGCGGGCGUACAUUCUCAAGAUGUUUGAAUGGCAUCCGGCUCUGCAGCAACACGGCUACCGCUUGUAUGGCGAUUUGCUGGACCCUCUACUGGCAUCCGCAGCCGGCACACGCUGGAAAAUCCCAGUGUCUCUACAUUUACGCUACGGCUACAGCGGUGAGCCCGCGCAGAAUCUUUUGGAAGACCGCCGCAUGCCGACGCUGGGCUUUUACCAGCGCGUCUUUGAGGAGAUGUUUGAUGCGCGCGAGGUUCGGUAUCUGGUGUUUUCAGACAACCCAGCCAAGGCUCGCAGCUUCAUGGCCGAACAAGCGACCCUGUACAACUUUGAGUGGCUCUUGGUUGAUGAGAACGUGCUGGUCUCGCUCUACAUCAUGUCACAGUGCCAGCACCACGUCUUGACCUCGUCCACUUUAUCCUUCUGGGGCGCCUACCUUGACCCCCGCCAACCACACGGGGGAAAGACGGUCCUACAUGGCUCAUUCUUCAAGGACCACGGCCGCGCCAUGGUCCCCGCAGAGUAUGACUGGAUUGUUCUUGAGUAA